CCUCCUUCCUUCCUUGCCAAGCAGCCCUCAUAGAAGAAGUUCGCUUGCUGCUCCUCGGGUGGCUCGGGAAGAAAAUGCCCCAGCUAAACAGCGGCGGAGGCGAUGAUCUGGGGGCCAAUGACGAGAUGAUCGCCUUUAAGGACGAGGGCGAGCAAGAGGAGAAGCUGCAGGCCAGCGUCUUUACCGGAGGGGACCUGGCUGACCUCAAGUCGUCCCUGGUGAACGAGUCCGAAAGCCCCAAUAGUAACAGCAGCCAGACGUCGAACGCUGCGGCUGCGGUGGCCACGGCAGGAGCCCAUUCCGAGGCAAUCAGGCGGCUGCAAGAUCCUCAAAGAGUCUAUCAAGAGAAACUCUCAGAUCCCAUGGAAGACGGUUUAAAACAUCAGGAUCCAGGAAUGUACAAAGGAUCUGCUUAUUCCAGCUACCCUUUCCUUAUGCUGUCUGACACUUACCUGCCCAAUGGAUCUAUGUCACCUUUGUCCAACAAGGUUCCUGUAGUACAGCCGUCCCAUGGUGUCCAUCCACUCACUCCACUCAUCCCAUACAGCAAUGAACAUUUCAGCCAUGGCUCCCACUCACCACACUUGCCAGCCGACAUCAACCAGAAGCAAGGUGUUCAUCGUCCUCCUCAAACAUCAGACAUCCCUGGUUUUUAUUCCCUCCCUCCUGGUGGGGUUGGACAGAUAACACCUUCAAUGGGAUGGCAGAACCAGCCUAUUUACCCUCUCCCGUCAUGUGGAUUUAGACAGCCCUAUACGUCGGCGCUCUCUGCUGGGGCUACUUUCUCUAGGCUAACACAUCCAUUGGUGCUCAGCCCUGGAAUGCAUGCCACAGGAAUCCCGCACGCAGGCAUCACAUCCCACUCUGGGAAACAAGAAACUGAUCAUUACGACAGAAACUUGAAAUCGCAACUAGAACCAAAGAGAGAGAAGGAAGCCAAGAAGCCAACAAUUAAGAAGCCUCUGAAUGCUUUUAUGUUGUAUAUGAAAGAAAUGCGGGCAAAGGUUAUUGCUGAAUGCACCUUGAAAGAAAGCGCAGCCAUCAAUCAGAUUUUAGGAAGACGGUGGCACGCACUGUCACGGGAGGAACAAGCUAAGUACUAUGAACUGGCCCGCAAGGAGAGGCAGCUUCACAUGCAACUUUAUCCAGGCUGGUCCGCAAGAGAUAACUACUCUUCAGGCUCUUCAUCCCGUGAUCAAACAAAGUUUAACUCAGGGCCCCUGGAAUUCAGCAGCACUUCUGGGCCAGUUUCUGCGGCAAGGGGGAAAAAGAAAAGAAGAACAAGAGAAAAGCAGCAAGACUCCAAUUCAGAUCCUGCCUCUCCUAAGAAAUGCAGAGCUCGCUUUGGCCUCAACCAACAAAUGGACUGGUGCGGCCCAUGCAGGAGGAAAAAGAAGUGCAUUCGGUACCUACAAGGAGAAGGACACUGUGCCAGCCCAGUUUCUUCCGAUGGAAGUGUUAUAGACUCCCCUUCCUCCCCUCUGGAUGUGCUCCAGUGCAUAUCCUCCGCUUUGACUUCAGACAAGCUUGCUGCCCCUGCUGAUUCUGUACAUCAAAACCAAGGCAACCCUUUCCUUUUACCUACGCGUCUCAAAACUGCAAUGAGCACACCCAGAUUCUCUUCUAAAUGCUCAGCGAUGCCUCGCCUAUCCAUAGCACCCUGUGAACCUUCUGCACACAAUGUAGUGUCAAUAGGAACUUAAUGCAGCAGCAGCAGCAAUCACCAGCAACUUUACUGGGCACUUUGGCCUUAUGAGCGGUUUGCUACAUAUGGAAGCUGCCCAGCAGCAACUCCAGACUUCCCGUCAGGCCAUUCAAUGGCAUUCUCAAAAGUCAGGUAAAAGCUAUGUCGGUACCUCAGUAAUUGGAGAAGACUGGAGCACUGGAAGGGCAUCUUUAUCUAAGUCGAUGACAGCAUGUCUUUCUGAAAAUGUGAGAGCAAAACCUCCUACUUAAUUCUGGUCAGUAACUGUGUUAAUCAACAGAUCAAA